CAGUGACGUGUGUAUGUGUAUGCGUGUGUAUACUCUUUCUCUCCGGUCUCGCAGGCUGAGGAAUCUAACUGACGCUCUUUCACUCUUUCUUCACCGCAGGGCCUAAGCAGUUUGACUUUUUCACACCAACAAUGCCGGCAACUCCAUGAGCUCCAUUCACUCAGGGCUGGAGGAGAGACAGCAGCUUAUCCUUCACACAUAUAAAGAUCUGCUUGUUUGGCAUAGAGUGGACGAGAGGGCGUGCAUCAAGCCAAGCGGUAAAGUGCUUCACCCAUGCAAACACAGUGACGACUGACAGACUGAGGCCAGUUUACAAGAUGGCCUCACACAGUUCCUGGUUCUUUGAAGAAGCAGCCUGCAUGGACAAAGCCAAGUCAUAUAUCUCUGUAUGGAGGCACCGCUGACUGGAGGAGAGGCCUGUCGAGGUGGCUGUCUUUGGGCAGCUGAGAUCUUUUACAGUCUGAGUCUCUGCAAGGCUGAGAGUGGGUGAGAGUUUGUUCCGUAGCCCUGACCCGGAGAGCGAUAGAGCUGAAGACAUGUUGCCGCUUCUGGUUUUGUGUCUUUGGAGUCCAGCUCUACUGACCGCCAAACAGGUCUUGGAUAGCACGGCCCGGAAGACCAUCAGCCUCCAUGGUAACAGUGGCCAUUUGUUUCGGGAGAAGGGGGUGUGGAACUACUCCACCAUGCUCCUGAGGGAAGACCUGAGCCUGCUCAUCCUCGGCGCUCGAGAGGCCAUCUUUGCCCUGGAUCUGUCCAACAUCACCCACAAGAAGGCGAUGGUUAAGUGGCAAGUUACCCAAGACAUGCAAGAAAAAUGUUCACAUAAAGGAAAAGAUUUAGAGAUCGAGUGUCAGAACUACCUGCGGGUUCUUCAUAAAAUGGAUGAUGGCAGGAUGUACGUGUGUGGGACCAAUGCUUUCAGUCCAUCCUGCGACUACAUGUCAUAUACAGACGGCAAGCUGACUCUGGAAAAUAACCGGGAGGAUGGGAAGGGAAAGUGUCCGUUUGAUCCUUUCCAGAGAUACACCUCUGCACUAGUUGACGGUGUGCUGUACUCUGCCACCUCCAUCAAUUUUCUGGGCUCGGAGCCGGUGGUGAUGCGUAGCUCCCCUGAACCCAUCCGCACUGACUUCAAAUCCUCCUGGCUUAAUGAGCCCAAUUUUACUGGCAUGGAGCACAUAGCUGAGGGAGAGCAGAGCCCAGAAGGGGACGAUGACAAGAUCUACCUCUUCUUCAGUGAAACGGCAGUGGAGUACGACUCCUACAGCAAGAUGGAGGUGUCGCGGGUGGCUCGCGUCUGUAAGAACGAUAUGGGCGGUCAGAGGACGUUACAGAGGAAGUGGACGUCGUUUGUAAAGGCUCGUCUGGACUGUCCUGUUCCUGACACCAGCCUUCCUUUCCUCAUACAGGAUGUGUUCCGCUUUUGCUCCGGCGACUGGACGAGCUGCGUCUUCUAUGCAGUCUUCACCCCUCAAGCGCACACGUCUCAGUACUCCGCAGUGUGUGCUUACAGAAUAGCAGACAUUAGGAAGGUUUUCUCUGAAGGCAAGUUCAAGACUCCAGUCCCUGUCGAGACGUCGUUUGUAAAGUGGGUGAUGUACAGCGGCGAAGUGCCCUUCCCUCGGCCGGGAGCCUGUAUUAAUAACGAAGCGAGGGAGAAGGGGUUUUCCCGGACUCUGGAUCUGCCUGAUAGAACCCUGCAGUUUAUCAGAGACAAGCCGCUUAUGGACCAGGCCGUGCAGCCGAUCUCUGAUGUCCCUCUGCUGGUUAGAAGAGGACCUGAGUUUACUCGCAUUGUAGUGGCCAGUGCUACUGCACUGGAUGGAAGCAGCUAUCAAGUCAUGUUCAUUGGCACUGCCAGCGGUUCAGUGCUGAAGGUGGUGAACUAUGAUGGAGAUACGGUGAUAAUAGAGGAGGUGCAGCUGUUUGAACCGUCAGAGCCGGUAAAGAUACUGCGCCUCUCCAGCGCCACGAGUCAGCUGUAUGCAGGCUCGGAGGUGGCAGCAGCACAGAUGCCUCUGAGUUCAUGUGGCCACUACAGCUCAUGUCUGGACUGUGUGCUGGCCAGAGACCCCUACUGUGGCUGGGACCUCACCGCUAAUCAUUGCACUGCUGUAAGCAGUAUUCAUCCAGAUACACACAGUGAUGUGAUUCAGAGUCUGAGAGAUGGAGAUGCCACACGCUGUCCAUCAGUCGAAAGUGUUAAGGCCGUGAACAUCACCUUCCAUCCGGGCAACACCAUCAAGCUUUUGUGCCAGCCGGGAUCUAACCUGGCCCGGACGCAGUGGCACAUAGACCAGCGACCAGUUGUCAGCUCUGACACCUACCAGAUUCUCCGAGACGGCCUGCUGAUCCUCAAUGCCUCAGCUGAAGCCAGUGGCCUCUACAACUGCAGUUCUGUGGAAUCCUCCAACAGCAGGGACUAUGUUACCCAGAAUGCUGUGUAUGAGCUGAGGCUGGGGGCCAGCCAGUCAGGAGAGACAUCCCUGUUACUGCCACAAGUGCAGAAGCAGCAGCACACUAUGAUGGUUCUCCAGGUCAUGGUCGUCCUCCUGUCGCUGAUGCUAGUAGCGCUAGUGAUGUGGAACAUCUACAAAGGGCAUUUUGGCUUCCUUCCACAAUGCUUCAGCCGAGGUCAAGACGCUGAGGGUGGACAGACUUCUGUUCGCAAUGUCCAGGAGCCGCUGCAAGUUUCAAAUGAACAUAUAUCGAGAGAUGGCAACACCAGUAAUAAUAACCACAACAGAGGAGCUGAAUUCCAUAGUGCGCAGGGAAAAAACAGUAAGACGCAGCAGAAUACAGACCAAAUACUCUAGUCCAGUUUGAGUAACUUGACUGAUUUAGACAAAGCUCUACCCACUGGAGUGGACUUAAUAUGGACUCCUUGGGACAAAAGCAGUGGACAGAUGGAUGUAAUGCAGAUGCUUACAGAAAUUAACCACACGCUCUGGACUGUUUGAGAGCUGGGUGGAUUGUUUGGAGUUACAAAUGUCUUUCUUUCCUCAAGUUUCUCCGUACAGACUUACUGAGACCUUUGUGUGCCUUCAGUAUCCUCACCUAUAAGAUUUCACAAACACUGAACUCCUAAUGCACUUAAAAGCACAGUAUGUUUAAUCGCAGAUUCAUAAAAAGGAUUUACAAAAUACUGUCUCUGGGGUCAGUUUCAAGGAUUAAGCCCAAGUCAUGGACUAUACCUGCCUUCCAGUGGAAAAUCUCCAUUCAAAAUCCUGUGUAGUCCAGGAUCAAGCUUAAUCCCAACCAGUCCAUAAAGUCUGAGCUUAGAUCAGGGAUUGCAGCAGUUUGGUGAUGUUUCUGCUUUUACCGCUAAAGGUAGUUAGUAAGCCAUGUAAACUAAAACUAAGACAUAAAGCCUGGAUUCAUGUGACCUUGGCUAAAGGAAUCUAAAGAUAUUGCAUAAUAUGCAGCAGUAGACAAUAACAGGGAUGACAUCAGCAAUAACUUGCAUGAUUCUGCUUUAACAGAACAGUAGAAGUAUUACAUAGUUCAGCUGUUUUGUUCAUUUCUAAAAUGUGAGCUUCCUAGAACUCAUACUCGACAUUAGCCCGUGCACGUCCUUUCAGGUAUGAGGCACAAAUGACUUGUCUCUGAACAUCAGCACCAGGAAAUACAAACAUAUAGUGCAUCUAGGCCUUUUACUCACUGCUUGUGAAAUAUGUGCCCUGUCAAAACCUGCUGCUGGUGGAGCCUCCAGGCUUGAUUGCCUUGCCUGGGGUCUACAUUCACAGUACUAAAAGCACAAGAGCAAACUCGCUGAGGCUCCAGAGCCUUUCUGACUGCAGUUUAUGUGUAACUCAAGAGCCCUCAUAACUCAAGCAGCUUGUGUUCUAAGAAUGUGUGGUUUUAUAGCUCUGUGACUGAUUUGUUUUGAGAUUAAAGAAAACUGUGAAUUUUCAUGUCUUUUGUACACAGAAUCUUAAUGCUCAGUGUACUUGCCCUGUGUAAGGGGAAUUCCACUGAUUUUUCAAAAUUUCUGCAUAAUUUAAUUGUUCGGACAAAGUAAUUCUGAGUGUUUUGAUGCCAAGUGGUUUGAUGCCAAGAGAAUCUUACCCCUUGAGAUGUUCUUUAAAGUGGUGGUGAUAAGAACCAGGGGUUGCAAUGUCUACAACCCAGAUAUAGCCAGUUUAUGUACUGUCCAAAACUACGUGUGGGUGAGUUUUUAUGUGAUGUUGAUAAUGGUGAAAUAGUGGCAAAUCUGAAAAAGUUUUAUAUUAGGGCUAUUUUACCAACACCCCUCAUGUACCACUUCACAAUGAAUUAAUAAAAAAAGUGUUUUGGGUCAAAGCCUUA